UUCAGAAACAUGGACUCGAGAUCAAAUAAAAGGAAAAAUGAUGAUGAAGACUGUAUAAAUAAUUCUGUAAAACGGAAAACCACUGGUGAACCUCAGAACAUGGACGGAGAGGAGAACAUGCAUGACAGGGAGGAGAACAUGAACAAGGAUGACCUGAGAGAAGAAGAGAACCACAAUCUCAAGAAAAGAAUAUUGGAACUAGAGAAACAACUAACUGAAGCUAAUACAAUAAAUGAAAGAUCUAUUAAAGAGAUCAGUGACUUGACAUCUAUGGUGGAAAAAUCUGAAAAAGAGAAAGAUGAUAUUCUGGAUUAUCUGGGAAGAGAAGUCACUUGUCCUGUCUGUCUCAUGAUCCCAAGAAAUAAGAGAAUUCCUAUCUGCAGGAAUGGACAUACCACUUGUGAGACAUGUAAAAGUCGAAAUUGUCCUGUCUGUAGAACAAGGAUGGAAGACGACAUGUUCUCUCCUCUAACCCAGAACAUCGCAGAUCUUUUGGCAGUACCCUGCAUAUUCAUGGAUCAGGGUUGCACCAUCAAACUCAAGAAGAAUAAAAUUGUUAACCAUGAGAAGGGAGAAUGCAAAUACAGAGAACUCAUGUGUCCAGGAUGUAAGGAGAUGAUUCAAGCACGUACAAUUCCUGAUCACUUCCGUAAUUGUACUGAACUAGAUUUUUCAAUUGAAGAUCUGAAGUUUGAUGAGAAGUGGACUGUCCGUAAUUUUAAUCACUCGAUAGAAUCCUGUAUGCGAAUUGCAUACAAGCUUGAAUCCUCUGAGAAUUGGUUUUUACUCUGUACUGAUAGAUUGGAAGAUAAACUGGUGUUUUG